UGUAGGACUGUUACUAGUCAAUCUCGCCUGCGUCUCUCUCUCUCUCUCUCUCUCCUCACUUUCUCUCUCAUCCGCAUCGAAUCACAUUCGCAACGUGCGUGCCUCUUCACGAUGCUCCAGAAAUGCAUUUAGACCCCUCUCCUCUUGCGUCCCCUCUCAACCCCUCUCGCCCCUCCCCUUCACCAUGCGCCGUAAAGUGCGCACCACCCUCUCCCUCAUCUUCGCCGCCGCCCUCCUCCUCGCUGUCGCUUCCCUCAACGGCUUCAACCGCGCCAUCUCCUCCGACAACCACCCCGUCUCCUCCCUCUCCUUCGCCUCCGGCCGGUCCAACAACAACAACAACCCCUCCCACAAGCUCAGCUACGCCAUCCGAGAGGACUUCUCCUCCCGCCAAAGCCUCCGCCACGUCUCCUCCGUCGUGGCCGAGUCCAUCGCCGCCGACUCCGUCCUCGUCCCCGACUGGCAGGUCCUCGUCGUCGUGUCGCCGGACUCUGUUUUGUUUCCCGACGAUGAGUACUCCUGCGUUUUCCAGAACAACGAUUCGUCCCCAGCGAGGCCCGCCGGCGUCCUGCCGUUCACGAACCGGACAACAUUUCUCUGCGAGCUUCCGAACAGCGUUCGCCGGCUGCGGCCUUUCUUCCAGCCUGCGCUGACCAGGGCUUCGGCGAAGGCCGCGGAGAAUCUCACGCCGUCGCGGGAGCUGAUCCGGUGGAACUUUCUCGCGUACGAAUCGUUCUCCACCGCUAAUGACGUUGUGUUGUUCGCCAAAGGCGUGAACAACCGCCAGGGAAUAAAUCGGUCUCCGGCGGAGCUUAGCUGCGUCUUCUCCUCCGACUCCGGUGUCACCGUCAGAACUCCGGUCACCACUACAGCGCAAGAAGUCUUCCGGUGCCUCCACCCUCCGGAUGACGCGAUUCCGAUCAGCCGGGAUGAUAGAAUCACAAUCUCCAUCGAAAUCGUUGAAGAGAAUCGAAUCCUACCGUCUCUGGCGCACUACGCGCCGGGGCGCAAUUUAGCCAUCCGUAAGGAGAAGUCGCUAUUCUGCGCAUGUACGAUGGUGUACAACGUGGCGAAGUUUUUGAAGGAGUGGGUGAAGUACCAUUCCAGUAUCGGCAUCGACAAGUUCAUACUGUACGAUAACGGCAGCGACGACGACCUGCAGAAAGUGAUCGACGAGCUUCAAGAAGAAGGGUACAACACAAGAAGUCUGCUAUGGCCAUGGUCCAAAACACAAGAAGCCGGCUUCUCCCACUGCGCAUUGCUUGCAAAAGAUUCGUGUACAUGGAUGAUUUUUAUCGAUGUUGACGAAUUCAUCUUCUCCCCGUCAUGGCUCGAUUCGUCACAACCAUCGAAACUCAUGUUAAAAUCCCUCUUGCCGAAGAACAACUCGAUUACGGCAUCUUCAAUAUCAUCAUCUUCGUCUCCGUCCGUGUCUUCUCUGCGACCGGUCGGCGAAAUUUCACUUUACUGUUACGAUUUUGGGCCGUCGGGCCAGCGGUCGCACCCGGUCGAGGGGGUGACGCAGGGGUACACCUGCCGGCGAAGGGCAGAAGAGCGGCACAAGUCGAUGGUGCUUUUGGAGGCGGUGGACGAAUCGCUUUUGAACGUGAUUCACCAUUUUCGGGUGAAACAAGGCUACAGGGUGAAGAAGGUGAGGAAGGAGGUCGCGGUGGUGAACCACUACAAGUAUCAGGCAUGGCCGGAGUUCAAGGCCAAGUUCAGGCGAAGAGUAUCGGCGUACGUGGUGGAUUGGCGGCAGGAGGUGAAUCCUGCCUCGAAGGAUCGGACGCCGGGACUGGGGUUCCGGCCGGUGGAGCCGGCGGGGUGGGCCGAUAGGUUUUGCGAGGUGAAGGACGAGGGGCUGAAGAUUUUGACGCAGAGAUGGUUCGGGGUUCCGAGGGAGUCCUGGUACGAAAUGCCAUGGCAAUGAUGAACAUGCGUGAAGAAGAGUCGACUAGAACCAAACAGAUUGAAGCAGCGCUGUUCCAUUGAAGAACUCGGUGAUGGCAUCGACGGCAUUGCGUGCAAGUAAAAUUUUUUUGGGAAAGGUUGGAGGUGAAAGGUUUAAUUUUUACAUUUUUAUUCUUUUAUUAAUUUUACUCAAUUAAUUGAAUACACAAUCUCUAUAUUACCAAGGUGAAUUUGUUUGUUUGUUUGUUUUUUUUUUUCUCAUAAUUGGGGAUACUCGAGAGGGUGUUGGUAUACAGAAAAUUGUAUAUGAGCGAGUUUGCUUGAAAAUUAGGCAUUCAAUUGCAAGAAGCAUUCAAAAGUUUACCA